UAUAUAUAUAUAUGAAUACAUUUUAUAACCCGAUGUGUUGGGGGCUUCUGUAAGGCUUUAAGACUGCGCGCGCCUUCAUUUUAUGACCAUUUAUUUUGGUCUGGAAUUAGGAGAGAAACGGGAGCUGACACUAUGAGCUGGGGCCCAUAGUGUCAGGAUAGUUCCUGAGAAAACGCUUACCCACAUCCGUGUGCCUCAGCCCCAGUGUUAUGAAAUAGGAUGAAUAAAAUAAUGAAUGCUUGAUUUGAAGCUUCUUUCGCCACCAACUAUUCUUCUAGGUCUCUAUCCCCCUCCCAUUAUCACGGCCUGUCUGCGGACUUGCUAUGGUGGACUCCGACGCGACGAGGAAGACUUUUGUAGUCCCGGACAUAAAACCUUUUGAUCUGUAUGAUUGUACCAGGGCAAAAAUAUGCGCAAGUGUGGGAUGGCUCUUGGCUAAAUCUUACGGCAAUGCAGAGCAUGUUCCAGUGGAGUUGCGGGAGCCCUUCUACUGUGACCAGUAUGAGCAGGAGCACCUGAAGCCCCCCGUCACACACCUCCUGCUCUCCUCUGAACUCUACUGCCGCACCUACGGUCUGCUGCAGGGGGACCAGGGGGGGUCAGGGGCCCCAAAAGACAACGCCACCCUGCUGCAGCUCCUCGCCAACAGGGGCGUGGUCCCCAAAGAUCAAGACGUCCCCGUGUCUGACGUGGACCUCCGGCAUAAACCAAUCAAAAUGGUGGGAGUGGGUGUGGCAUAUAGGGCAUAUGGCAUGUUGACAUGGUUUAGUCCAUUGUGAUUUUGGGUAAUCUUGGUACCCAGAACCAAGUCUUGUGUUAUGUUUUUAGUCUGACAUGUGAGACUAUGAUUCGAGUUAUGGAAAUAUGUAAAAGGAGAAGGAUUCCUGUUUUACUGUUGGCUACUAGUCUCCCAGUAUUAGUAAUGCCCCUGGGAUGGGAUUUUGGUGACUGGGGACGACUGCCACAACACACAGGUUCAAUUGAGGGAAGAUCGAAGCUGCACUGGAAACUGCCACUGGACCGGUCCUGGUGUCACAAUAAUCCAUCCAGCAGUGAUCGAUCUGGUCGUCUGGGCAUACGGUCUGCCUCAUAGGGACACACACAGGCAUUGUCUGGUCAUGACUGCUGGCCAUGGCUGGAGUGAGGAUGUUAAAGCUGUGGAGGGGAUUGGGCUGUGGUUCUUGUUUAUGCUUUGAUUCCACGGAUUAGACAACAUUAAAAAAUACCCCCUUUCUGGA